GGUGCGAUGGACGCUACCUCCCGGCCGCUCCGUGUGCCCCCGGAGAUGGGCAUUUAUGCGGAAAAGCACGAGCUCUUCCAGCUCCUGCAGAAUAUGCUUGAAGGGUUGUUAAUCCAUAAACCUGAUGAGCCCAUUGAGUAUAUGAUAAGCCACUUAAAGCAAGACAAUGAUCAUGUUCCAAGAAUUUGUAUACUUGGUCCACCCGCCUCUGGAAAAACCACUAUUGCAACAUGGCUUUGUAAACAAUUGAAUACCCCUUGUAUCACUCAGGAGACUUUAUUGGAAGAAACAUUAGAGCUGACAAAAGAAGUAAAGGCAUUUCAAGAGAGAGGACAGAAAAUUCCCAAUGCACUGUGGGCCAAUCUGAUCCAGGAGCGUCUGUCAAACGUGGACUGCAUCAAACAAGGUUGGAUUUUGGAAGGUUUUCCUGAAAACCGGGAUCAAGCAUGGAUGCUGCAGUCAGCUGGCAUCACUCCGAGACAUGUUGUUGUGCUAUAUGCUCCAGACACGGUGCUUAUUGAGAGGAACCUUGGGAAAAGGAUUGAUCCAUCCACGAAAGAGGUGUACCAUACCACCUUUGACUGGCCAAGCGACCCUCUGGUGCAACAGCGUUUGGUGGAGGCGGAAGGCAUAUCUGAACAGGAGACAGCAAAGCACCUGCUGGAAUAUCAUAGAAACUUUCCCAGAGUUUUCCAGAUCUAUCAGCAAAUAUUAAAAUCGAUCAAUGCCGACCAACCUUGUGCAGACGUCUUCUCCCAGGCUCUGACCUAUGUCCAAACCUGGUGCCGAUCAGCUGCCCCCUUUACACCACGGAUUCUCUUUUGUGGACCCCCAGGCAGUGGGAAGAGCCUGCAGGCAGCACUAAUAGCUCAGAAAUACAGCAUUGUCAACAUUUGCUGCGGGCAACUGCUAAAGGAAGCUGUUGCAGACAAGACAAAACUUGGAGAACUCAUUAAGCCUUAUUUUGACAGUGGAUGGCCAGUCCCAGACAACAUCGUUUUAAAGUUACUGGCAGAUCGUCUCAACAGAUUAGACUGCAUGACUGACGGUUGGGUGCUACAUGGUUUCCCAAAAGAUUUGGAUCAGGCAGAACAGAUGGAAAGAGCAGGAAUUAUUCCAAACAGGAUAUUUUUCCUGAAUCUCCCAUCUGAAUCGGUCAUGGAACGUCUGGCUCAGCGGAUGAUUGAUCCAGUCACAGGAGAAAGAUAUCAUGCCAUGUACAAACCAGCUCCAUUACCAGAUGUCCAAGCCCGUCUCACGCAGAACCCUAAAGACACUGAAGAAAAUAUCAGGAUUUGCCUGGAGACCUAUUACAGGCAUGCUGGCGACUUGGAGGAGUUUUAUGGAGAUGCCUUCUACAUCAAUGCUGACCAAGACCCUUAUGUUGUCUUUGAGUAUAUAGAAAGCUGUAUUGUUAAGCCCCUUCCACAUAAGUCCUGA